GCACGCGUGUGUGCCGGGACCUCCGGCGAGCUGGGCUCCCCGUGGGCAAGGGCGCGGUGUCCUGCGCAGAGAGUUUCCCGGUCGAAGCGUCCGAGCUUUCGAGUCGGCAGGUAUGUGAAGGAAGGGAGCAUCUGGGGGCUCACGGAUGUGUCUGGGUGUCUGCCUCGGGCAGGGUGUUUGAGCACGUCCAGGUGUGAGGCAUGGGAGCCCGUGGCCCACACCAGCCUCCUGGUCUGACCGGGAGAAUAGCUCCUCGGUCCUGCCUCAGUUUACUUAAGAUGCAGAGGAAGGGAGAAGAGGCAGACGGCCCCUCACACUGGCACAAGCUGUAUCCCAUUGCCCGGGGAGACCGCCAGUCACCAAUCAAUAUCGUAUCCAGAAAGGCUGUGUACUCGCCCAGCCUGAGGACAUUGGAUCUUUCCUAUGAGUCCUGCACGUCCCUCAGCAUCGCCAACAAUGGCCACUCUGUCCAAGUGGACUUCAAUGACAGUGAUGACCGAAGUGUGGUGACUGGGGGCCCCCUGGAUGGGCCCUACCGGCUCAGGCAGCUCCAUUUCCACUGGGGCAAGAAGCACAGUGAGGGCUCAGAGCACACGGUGGACGGCAAGUCAUUCCCCAGCGAACUGCACCUGGUUCAUUGGAAUGCCAAGAAGUACAGCACCUUUGGGGAGGCGGCCUCAGCACCCGAUGGCCUGGCUGUGGUUGGUGUCUUCCUGGAGACGGGGGACGAGCACCCCAGCAUGAACCGUCUGACAGAUGCACUCUACAUGGUUCGGUUUAAGGGCACCAAGGCCCAGUUCAGCUGCUUCAACCCCAAGUACCUCCUGCCUGCCAGCCGGCACUACUGGACCUACCCUGGCUCCCUGACAACACCCCCACUGACCGAGAGUGUCACCUGGAUUGUGCUCCGGGAGCCCAUCAGCAUCUCCGAGAGGCAGAUGGAGAAAUUCCGGAGCCUGCUUUUCACCACAGAGGAGGAUGAGAGGAUCCACAUGGUGAACAACUUCCGGCCACCACAGCCACUGAAGGGCCGUGUGGUCAAGGCCUCCUUCUGGGCCUGAGCUGCCUACCUGCCCAGCCGGACACUGAAGCACCAUCUUCCCAAGGGCUUCCAUGUCAGCAGACACCAAACCAUCCAAGGCUCCCUGCCUAGGGCUGCUGUGGACCCCACUUCAGCUGGCUUGCUCCUUGGCCACCUGGAGGCUUCUCGAUGGGACCCUCAAGUCGGGGGACACCUUCCAGAUGCCCUGGGGACAGGAAGGACAGGAGCUGAGCAUGGUCCGAGCCUAAGGCUGCCUCUGCUCUCCAACACCCAAAGGCCCCUGGGAACCUCCUCUUGUCUUCCCCGCUGGCAAUGGCAGCAGCCCCACCCUGAGCUCACACUGUGAUGGAUGAGACCAAACUCUCCAGGGCAGGCAGCUGGCAUUGCCAGAAAGACUCAAGCAAUAAUUAGAAGUGGGCAGAGCUGCCCUCUCGGUGUUACCUCUUCUGCAGGCCUCCGCCAUGCACGCACCUCACUGCCAGGCCAUUAAAAUCAGGACCCAGCCUGCUGGAGGUGACAUGACCUUCUCCCUCCAGCCACCUGCCGCCAUAGGCAGGCACUGGCUACAGCUUACGGAGUAUCUCCCUUCAUCCCCACCCAGCCACCAAAGCCACCUACAUGACAGUCCAUCCAUGCACUGAUUAAUAAAUUCAUGCAUUCAUGCAACAAA